CCGGUUGUCUCAUUCUCUAGCAGCCAGUCUGAGCGGAUAACGAAAGCGAACGGAGAAACAGAUCGAAUAGAACGGCCGAGCAACACACGGCAUAUAGCCUACUUCAACACACGGGAUAUAGCCUACUUCAGGGGUUGAUAGAAGAUUGUUUGCACCGACCGUCCAACUAUUUGGAAGAGCCAGGAUGUCCAGUGAGGUGCAGCCCAGCUCAAGGCCGGACGACAGUCCCAACACCAGUGGGGGAAGCUGGGACGUGGAGCAGAGAGAGGUGGCCCCUCCGGUUCAGGAGCAGGGUCAGGAGAGGGAUCAGACAACGCCCAAGAAGAAAGAGGCCAAGAUAUCCAGCAAGACUGCUGCCAAGCUCUCCACCAGCGCCAAGAGGAUUCAGAAGGAGCUCGCUGAGAUAACCUUGGACCCGCCACCUAACUGCAGUGCUGGUCCGAAAGGAGACAACAUCUAUGAGUGGAGAUCCACCAUCCUGGGGCCACCAGGCUCUGUGUACGAGGGAGGGGUCUUCUUCCUAGAUAUCGCCUUUACACCAGACUACCCCUUCAAACCACCCAAGGUGACAUUCCGUACCAGGAUCUACCACUGUAACAUCAACAGUCAGGGUGUGAUCUGUCUGGACAUCCUGAAGGACAACUGGAGCCCCGCCCUCACCAUCUCCAAGGUGCUGCUGUCCAUCUGCUCCCUGCUCACUGACUGCAACCCUGCUGACCCUCUGGUAGGAAGCAUCGCCACCCAGUACACAACCAACAGACCAGAGCACGACAGGAUAGCCAAACAGUGGACCAAGAGAUACGCCACAUAGUCUGACAGCAAGGACCUCCACUGUCCCCCUCCCAGACCCACCGCCACCACCCAAAAUCUGUGGAGUACACCGACCCCUCACCCCUCCGCCCCUAGCCUGGCCCCAGAUCUGGUUGUGUUGUAGAGCCAACUCCUAUAGUCAUCGCAUGCCAAACAAUGAAUUAUUGGUGUGUUUGGUAUGACAAUGAUGAAUUACAUUGACAUUUAUGUCAUUUAGCAGACGCUCUUAUCCAGAGCGACUUACAGUUAGACCAAUAGUAUUUGGCUAUACAGCACAAACAGAUUUGGGACAAAGCUACUUGCCCCCCACUCUGAGCCCCAAAUCUGUGGAAGCACACCCACCUGACCUGAUCCCCCCUUUCCUCAUCACAGAUGGCACCUUCAUUGGGGAGUACGGACUCAUAGUAAUGGCUGGAACUGAGUGAAUGGUAUCAAACACAUGGCACACCCAACCCACCUCUGACAACAUGAACUGUUAUUUGUCCCAUGCAGACACUUGAUCACUUCUUUUUUUUUUAUACAAAGAGUAUAUUGGGAAUUUCUUUCCAAUACACCGAAUGUUGAUAUGGUCAUGAAAGCUUUAAUACUGUUAUUCUUGUUGUUGUUCGUAUUAUUACAUCGUUUAUUGCUUUUUUUAUAUGCAUUAUCAUGAGUUUUUUUAAUACUAGACCCUUUAUGUGAUUGAUGAAAAAUGUAUUCUAUUCUAGUGCAUUCUAGUCCAUGCAUUCUAGAGCUCAUGCAUUAAAGACUCCAUGCAUUCUAGAGCCCAUGCAUUAAAGACUCCAUGCAUUCUAGAGCCCAUGCAUUAAAGACUCCAUGCAUUCUAGAGCCCAUGCAUUAAAGAAUCCAUGUAUUCUAGAGCCCAUGCAUUAGACUCCAUGCAUUCUAGAGCCCAUGCAUUAAAGACUCCAUGCAUUCUAGAGCCCAUGCAUUAAAGACUCCAUGUAUUCUAGAGCCCAUGCAUUAGACUCCAUGCAUUCUAGAGCCCAUGCAUUAAAGACUCCAUGCAUUCUAGAGCCCAUGCAUUAAAGACUCCAUGUAUUCUAGAGCCCGUGCAAUUAGACUCCAUGCAUUCUAGAGCCCAUGCAUUAAAGACUCCAUGCAUUCUAGAGCCCAUGCAUUAAAGACUCCAUGCAUUCUAGAGCCCAUGCAUUAAAGACUCCAUGCAUUCUAGAGCCCAUGCAUUAAAGACUCCAUGCAUUCUAGAGCCCAUGCAUUAAAGACUCCAUGCAUUCUAGAGCCCAUGCAUU